AUACAGACGUAUCCUCUUGCUCCACAGUGUUAUACGAUUACAAUAUUAGCCUGAAGAAGUUAACCUUAUUACAAAGGUUAAUUGUAAAGCUAUAGUCAGACUCAGCAGCCAUAGAACAGGAGACAUCCACCCUCAAGGCGCACAAGGCUAGCGUUUGCUACCGCUUGUGAAACUGUUAUCUCUGUACAGUACACAUAUAGUGUGGGCAGUGCACAGCUGAGGUGAGAGAAGUGUAUAUACCCUCUGGGGGACGUCUGAAGGUGUACUGAGAUAACAGAUCACGAAGAUCUCAGUGGGGGAUGCUGACCCGAUCAGGGAUGCUCCGAGGAUCAUAAUGAACGGAGUACGCGGGAAGGCCCUGGCGGUCAACGGUGGCGAAAUGAGGGAUGUGAACGUGUGUAGGAUGGUGAUUUUAGGCAACACCGGGGUGGGCAAAACAGCCCUUACAGUGCGUUUUCUUACAAAGAGGUUUAUAGGAGAAUAUUGUCCGACACUGGAAAGUAUAUACAAGUAUAACACAUGCGUGGAUGACGAAGAGGUUCGGUUAGAAAUACUGGAUACUGCUGGCCAGAUGAACGAGGUGCACAGGGACGGCUACGCGAUGUGGGGAGAUUGUUUUAUGUUUGUAUACUCCAUCACGGACAGGCCAAGCUUUCAGGAGCUUGCUUCACUUAAAAAGUAUGUAGAGAAUGCCAAAAAAUCGACCAGCAUCGUGGGCAUGGUUGUGGCGAACAAAGUGGACUUGCUUUACUCUCGGACAGUCUCGUGCAGAGAAGGGCGAGAACUCGCCGAAGACUUAGGAUGCAAAUUUCUAGAAGUGUCUGCGGCUGAUUGGACGCAAGUGACUUGUGUGACAGACAUGUUUUUGGAUUUGUACCGGGAGUACAGGAAAACUAAAAUCACUCAUAAUAGCAGGCAAAGAAAGACAAGUUCGUCCCAGAAAUUCAAACAAGCGAUACAAAAAGUGAUCUCCGGGAAGUCGUCGUCCAGUAAAAAGUUGAGUGUGUACCAGUGACACGUGACUGGAACUGAAAUUGCUUGGAGAAGGGAAAGUGAAAGUGACCUGACCGUGGUAUGCAAUGAGUAUAUUAUAUAUGUACACGAUUCUACAAUCACGUAGCCUAGUAGAAUUAAGUGUGAUCUCGACUAAGUACUGCAAGUUAUGUACUUAAGGAAGGAAACUUUUUUCAUAUCGUGUGAUCUCGCUCAGAAGUACAAGAGAAUUUAUCGCUUUCGACAAGAUGCCCUUGUCCAAAACAAGUGCAACAAAGACAAGCAUACGACGUGUAUUUCUGAGUCCACCAAGGAGCCCGUCUAAAAACUCGAAAUCAGCCCAAACAUAUUACCUCACAGCAACGUUCUGACAUGGCGUGGGUAAUACAUGUCUCACGAAGUUCACGUAACGUCCUAUUUGGGCUGACAAAUUGCCUGUAGACUACGUGAUAGCAGUUAACCAUGGCGACCCACCCGUCAUAAUGGAGGUGCCAACCAUUUAUACAGCUUUCCCCAAAGACUUAACAUUCAUUACAGCCAACAAUACACCCUGGCGCGUGUCAGUCCGUUACUGAAGUACCGACUUCUGGUACACGCUGAAGGUCCCUGGAUCCCGCGCACGCUGCGGUUUUAUGUAUUAAAACAGAUGCUUUCGGCGUUUCUCGGUGGAAAAUGCUGUCUGACAAACAGCGUACAGCAAUUUUCUUUCAUCCCUCUUAAACAUUCGUUUAAAGGAUUUUGUAUUAGAAACUAUAUAUUGCACUUAUGUAUGACUAAACAACUGUGUAAAGUACGGAAUAUAUGUGUACUACGUUAACACAACUGACCUUGCUCUACUUGACUUUUAUCACGACCAAGCGCUAUAUUCAUUUAUUUACUUAUUUAUUUCAUGAAAACAUUUUGAUUGGUAUAUACAUGUAGAUUACCAACGGAUUUUUCUAAGCCCUUGAUUCGUUCAUUUGAUUGAUUUGUUGAUCCACUGAUCGGAAUUUUAUAAAUCAAACGAAAAAAAAAAGAAAUAUAAAUUUUUCAGAUUUAAAAUGUAAACAUUUUGUAUUGUUCUUAAGAAGAGAUUCAGUUUUAUUAAGGUCAGUCAAAAAAUUGAGUCACGCCUCUUCAAUUAGAAGGCCUAAUUCGGAGGGAUCGUAUUAUUUUUUGGCAAUAAACGGAAAUGUUACGCUACAUAAGACGUAGGUUGAACCUCUUUGUUGCAACUUCGGCUUCAGGUUUUGUGUAUAGUAUAAACGUAGACGCGUCUUCAGUCGUCUGAAAUAAAACAUUUGCGUAAGCUGGGUGCAGACAGCUGUUGUGUCGUGGGUAUAUUUAUCAGUGAUCAUCAUGUUAUUUCAGUUGUUGAAUGCAGAAACCUGCCGGGCAUAGAACAACAUUAUCCGAUUUUUUGUUGCUUGCACAAAAAGAAAUAUCCGUUCGUUUUAUCUUCACACCAGCGAGUUCCAAGUCAAAUAUUACAAAACCUCGUGUAAGUUUGCUUGUCUAAUGUAUCGUCUCUAGGGCAGCUACUGGGCGUGUGGAUCUUUACCUGGUUCUCUUAUCACGCCGAACAAGAACACCCAAUACAGAUAAGAGACUAUCUUGAAGACAAGAAAAGCCACAGCUUUACCACGCAUGUGUCACAAGGGGGCGCUGUUUCUCCUAAGACUGACUAAGUGCCAAUAGAGUCAUCGGGGAACGUUUUGCUAACCCCUUCUGACGUAACUGCACUAGCUCUACCUGUCAAGGAAGCGCUUAUCUGAGAAGUUACGGCUAUAGAGUAGUAUGCAAGUUGCUGUUUUCGUGCACUCACAAGAAUAGAACAUGCUGUGUAAAGCACGUGGGCUCUGCAUGGUAUACGAGAUAAAACUGAUUAC